GAAUCCACUAAUUUGAAAGGGUGUCCACAUACUUUUGUAUAUAUAGUGUAUGUACACAUGGGUGUUGUUGCACCAUACCAACGAUAAGCCUGUCUUCCCCAUCACAUCAUGAAAGGUCAUGUUGAUGUUCAUUUAACCUCUGUCUCUCUCUUCCUCUGUCUCUCUCUUUCUCCUCAGAUCUCCAGGCUCAAAGCGUCAGUCCACCAGCUGAACUCUCAGUCAGACUGGUGAAUGGGACCACUUCCUGUUCUGGGACAGUGGAAGUCUUCUAUGAAGGAGAGUGGACAGGUCUAUGUACUAGUUGGUGGAGCAUAAUGAUAGAGACCAAGGUUUUGUGUAGAGAGCUGGACUGUGGGAAUGUUGUAGCUGAAUCUAUAGGACCUCUGAUUGAAUAUGGAAGAAGAGGAGUCAGACUAUAUAGGUGUAGUGGAGAUGAGUCUUCUAUUAGACAGUGUGACAUCAUAGGAAAACCUGGUUUCUGUGAUGGUGAAUAUUAUCGUCAUGUGAUCUGUUCAGAGUCUGUGCGGCUUGUGGAUGGAGCUGGUCUCUGCUCUGGGAGAGUGGAGGUGAAGUCCAAUCAGUCCUGGGCCUCAGUGUGUGAAGCUGACUUUGACCGGCAGGAUGCAGAGGUAGUCUGUAGGGAUGUUGGCUGUGGGGCUCCUGCAGCUCUACAGGGGGGGCUCUAUGGAGAAGGUGAGGGUCAGACCUGGGAUAAAGAGUUCCAGUGUAAAGGCAAAGAGUCCCUUCUCCUGGACUGUGACACCUCAGACAGAGAGAACAACACCUGCCUACCUGGUAAUGCUGUUGGACUCACCUGCUCAGAGCCUGAUGAUGUGAGGCUGGUGGGAGGAGGCAGUCGUUGUGCUGGUAGAGUGGAGCGAUACGACCAGGGAGAGUGGAGGAUUGUGGGAGCUGAUGACUGGGACCAGAGGGAUGUAGCUGCAGUAGUGUGUAGACAGCUGGGUUGUGGCUCCACUGUUUCAGCACUACCUGGAAACACCACUAGAGGGAAUGGAGUUACAUGUUCUGGGUCUGAGUCUUCACUGAGGGAGUGUUGGAGAAGAUAUGAUCUCCUUCCUGGACUCACAGUGAUCUGCUCAGAUCUCCUGGUCCAGCCUGAUAUCUUCCUGACUGACCCAAUGGGAGGGGUCUUCAGGGGCCACCAGGGGCCAGAGAUGUUCAGGGGCUACAACUUCACCAUCACCUGCUCCACUCAACCACAGUACCCAGGAGGCUCCUUCCUCCUCAUGUUCACCGGCUCCAACAGAACCCAGCCAGCUGUCAAUCACUCUGCUGCCUUCCUCUUCCCUGCUGCAGAUGACUCCCACCAAGGGAACUACAGCUGUGUUUAUGACAAUUAUGUUUUCUCUCAUAACUUCUCCUCUGAGAGUGAGCUCCUCCCCCUCGCCAUCACAGCCUCUCCUCUGCCAGCCUUCAUCAUCAGACACGUUGUAGUGCUGCUGAUCCUACUGACAACCAUCACCACCUCCUACCUGUACUACAAGGUAAAGACAUUUACUCAGACGUUACAAGUCAUUUAAACUAGAGGGAGAGGGUGAGGGGGAGAGAGAAUGGAGAUACUAGAGAGUAAAUGUCUGACUGUUGGUGCUGUGUCUCCCUAGCCCACCAGGAGGCAGAAGAGAGUGAACAGGGUGAGCAGCAUGGAUCUUUAUGUCAAUGCCAUGGAGAUGGUCUCUCUGAGCUCCAGAGCUGAAGCUGGACCGGGAGAGGAGAGAGCAGCCCAGGGGACGGAGUAGGAGGAGAAUGAAUCUGACCCUACAUGCUGAUCUUAGGUCAGUUUUGUGUUUUAAAUCGAUGGUCAGCAGUGGACUGGUGUUUAAAAUGUGGUGACAAACCUGAAGUGGUUCUAAUGUUAAUAACAAGUUCAGAAUUAGUUUAUCUUUCUAGAACCUUGGAAGAAAUCUAAAAGGAGUGACUGCAACCACCAUUAUUCAUUUAGUUUGGUUUUUACCACCAGAGAAACAUGGGGUUUUGGGUAACAUGGGGUUUUGGGUAACAUGGGGUUCUGGGUAAAAUGGGGUUUUGGGUAACAUGGGGUUUGGGGUAA